AUGGACGAACCAACAGAACUUCCGGAGCCGUUUCGCUCUCUACUCUAUGAUUUCCAAACAACUUCAUCUGACGAGACGUUUGAAGGAAUGUCCAAAGACUUCCGUCCUAAUAUUCCCGAGCCGCUUCUCGACGAACCUACUAAAUCGAUCCUCGAUGAAUCCAUACAAACUACUGUGGAAGAGUCAAGGGACGUUUUCCCUGAUGAAUAUCUCCAAACUCUCCUAGACGACUUGAAUAGAACCCUGCCUGAUGAUAUCCCGAGACUUCCACGUGAUGAAGCUAUUCAAUAUCUGCGCUAUCAUCUUGUUAAACGACGGAUCGACAAGGAUAGAAAUUUCUUCAAGGACUGUCGUCAAAAUCUACUCAGCCAGUAUCUCAAACUCAGUCAGUAUCGCAAACUUCAAUAUGAUAAAUACCGACAACACAUACGUGAUGGUCGUCCAGACCCUAUGGCCGGCGGCUCUCCUCAGCAAGUACGCCAACUGUGGCAGCGAUUAUACCCAGAAUUUAGGGAUAAGUACACAAUGCUUAAACCCCAGAUCGACGGAGUGUGUGGUGUCGCAGAGCGGGUUCAGGCUAUCAUACGACUCCUCUGCGAAAGGGACGAGCGGUUUUCCUUCAUAAAUUCCGCGCUUGAGGAGUUUGUCAAUGGGAAGGAUGGCCUACAGGAUUUUCGUCAGAGUCUAGACCACCUCUUUUCUAUGGACCCAAACGAACUUGAGGAUAUUGUUGUCGUGGAUAAGCUGUCUGAAAUUCUCGCGGGUCCCAUAUCGAAGCGGCAGCGCGAUCCAGCGAAUGGCGUGCAUCUCAUGGAUGAUCUGUGCGAAAUUAUUGAUUCGUCAAUUUAUGAGUUGCUUAAUGUUUUCCGGGAUAUCACAAUUGAGCAAUCGUCCAUCGGUACCGGUUUAAUCGCACGCUUUGACCUCUUGUACGAUCUAUAUAAAAGGACCAAACUAUCAACGCCACAGCCAGCGAUACAAGUGGCUCCCAAGCCCUGGCACGACAGUGGAAACGAGGCGUGUUAUCAGUAUCCAAGCUGCCUCAAUUCUGCAGUCGGCGGAGUCCGUAUCCUCGAAAUUCUUCCCGGUACUGGGGACGCGCCGAUUGAAUGUCGCCUUGUGGUGCGAAACUUAUACCAUGAUGAUAUUCCGGAGGCCUUGUCGUAUGUCUGGGGAAAAGCUAAGUCUACAAAAUCGAUUCUAAUUGACGACAACCCUUUUAUUGUCAAGAAGAACCUUCAUGGAAUCCUUCGAGGCUUACGACGUCCGGAUACCACUAGAGAAAUAUGGAUCGAUGCGAUUUGUAUCAACCAGUCAGAUUUUAAGGAGAAAACGGACCAGGUUCAACUCAUGAAAGAGAUCUACUCCAGGACUAAGAAUACGAUAGUCUGGCUAAGCGGCGGCCACGCGGAGAACAAACAAGUAGAGGGCCUAGUAAAGGGUCAAAUGGAGGCUCCGGUAGAAAAUCAAAGAGAAGAUCAGUCCUUCAAUAUGGAGGGAUUGUAUACCCCCAUUCCUAUAGGGCUUGGGGGGGUUGACGUAGAUCAAUAUGAUCUCGCUGCCCUCUUGAGGGAAUCUCUAAAGUACUCCAUGGAUGCCCCAUGGUGCGAAAAGCAAACGCUUCUUUACAUGAUGGUCAUUCGUUGUGUAGCUCUAGUCAUGUUGCACUCAUGGUGGGAGAGAGUUUGGACGAUUCAAGAGGCCGCAUGCCCACCGAAUGCGCCAAUAUUCGUCUUUCAUGGAUACUCUUUCUCGUUUGAUGACCUUUCGGCUGCUGUGAAUACAAUAGCGGGUGGAAUAUCGUCUGGGAACAAGCACGUUAUUGAACAAAUCGAGAACGCACAUCAUAUUAUGGGAUCAGAAGCACGGAAGGUCGUAUCUAAGAUAUUCAGUUCCCAGUUAGGCCUACUGAGUCUACAACCGCUUCUAUUCGAAUACCGCCGUGGUCGGGUUGGAGAGCGUUAUUCUGCGUCGAAAACGUUUACGGUUCUAAUAACAAUAUCAGAAACCUAUCGAGCUACAGAUCCCAGAGAUAAGAUCUUCGCGUUACAGUCACUUCUUCCCGGAUGCAUGGGACUUCUUAUAAAGGUGGACUAUAAAGAACAUUGCGAAGCUGUGUUUAGAAGAGCGUCAGCUCGAUACUAUAACAACGGCGCGACCUUCUAUCUGAUGGGGACGCAUACAUUUUGGUUCGAAUCCCCAUUGAGUGCCCAAGAACCAGCCGGCCCUUCUUGGGUUAUCGAUUUCAGUUACACCGACGCGGGCUAUCGUGGCAGCAAUAAAUCCGUUAAGAGAAUUACAGAUAAGGUGACGCUUGAGGGCUUUAUUUCCGAGAAUGGCCUUUCGGCCCUUCAGAUUGAUGAUGUGGACAAUAUUUACCUCUGCACUUCAACAACUGUAUUUUGCACAGGACGCUGUAUAGAUCAAAUACGAUGGGUUAAGCCGAUCCCAAGACUGAGCGAUGCAGCGACUUUCGCAGAAUUCACGGUAUUGGUAUCCAACGCUCGCGAGUCGAUACUUGGCCUUCCUGCUACAACCCAAUUCGGCGAUGAUGCGAAUACCGAGUUCCUUUCUCUGAGCAAUUUCCUCUUAAUGCAAGACAAGGAGCCCCUGUGUGUAGAAAAUCGCGACGAGCUCGUCAAUAUUCGGAAUCAGGAACUUGCCGGGAAACCAGUCUUCAUUACCGAGAAGGGACUUGUGGGAAUUGCCGCGACGCUCAUCAAACCAGGUGACUCUCUCUCAUGGCUACGUGGUGCACCUAUCUAUCUCAUUCUCAGGGAAGUGAAAGAUCGGGACAGCAGUUCAGAUAAUGCGCCACAGGACCAGAUCGUUGCCCGUGCGGCCGUCAAUGAAAAUUUGAUUCCUGAUAACAAGGAUAUGAAAGACCUCAUCUAUUCGACACCCAGUUGUUCCUUCCAGAUUGUCUGA